CAUCUCGGAUCUGAUGCUCUGCGGGAUGGGGGCCUGCAGCAGACGAGCCCUGACCCUCCUCAGCAGCGUGUUUGCCGUGUGCAGCCUGGGGCUGCUGGGCAUUGCAGUCAGCACAGACUACUGGCUGUACCUGGAAGAGGGCAACAUCCUCCCCCAAAACCAGACCAUGGACGUCACCAUGUCCCUGCACUCCGGCCUGUGGAGAGUCUGCUUCCUGGCAGGGGAGGAGCGAGGCCGCUGUUUCACUAUCGAGUACGUUAUGCCCAUGAAUGUCCAGAUGACGUCGGAGUCCACGGUCAGCGUGUUAAAAAUGAUCCGCUCGGCCACCCCGUUCCCGCUGGUCAGCCUGUUCUUCAUGUUCAUCGGCUUUAUACUGAAUAACGUCGGGCACAUUCGGCCCCAUCGGACCAUUCUGGCUUUCGUGUCGGGGAUUUUCUUCAUUCUCUCUGGUUUGUCUCUGGUCGUGGGCCUCGUCCUCUACAUAUCGAGCAUUAACGACGAGAUCCUUAACAGGACCAAAGACUCGGAGACGUAUUUUAGCUACAAAUACGGCUGGUCUUUCGCCUUUGCGGCCAUAUCAUUUCUGCUGACCGAGAGCGCCGGCGUGAUGUCCGUCUACCUAUUCAUGAAACGGUACACGGCCGAGGACGCCUACAGGCCUCACCCAGGGUUUUACCGGCCACGCCUGAGUAACUGCUCUGAUUAUUCCGGGCAGUUCCUGCACCCCGAGGCCUGGGUACGAGGCCGCAGUCCGUCCGAUAUCUCCAGCGAGGCUUCUCUGCAGAUGAACUCCAACUACCCGGCGUUGCUCAAGUGUCCAGACUAUGACCAAAUGUCCUCAUCGCCUUGCUGAUAGUGUGGGGCCCGCCACCUCCAGAAGACUUAUCGGUCCCCUGCUGGACAUUGUGCGGACACCCGAAGUAGCCCCUUCCCUCUAUAUGUGUAACGCCCGAUCACUGAUAUUAGGCCUUUGUCAGAUAACAUUGGUAGCCAUGUGCAUUCCUGGCUACGGUAACAGCGUGGUGGCCCCACGCUAGACUAGUUAAACCAUCCCUGUAAGCCAAGUGUUCUUUUAAUGACUUGUAAAUGGACCAGGA